UCUUUUUGACUAAUUAGUGCCAUCUACAGGUCAUCUAUCGAAUCUUCAUCAUUUAAUGUAGAACGGGCAGCUUGAAUUCGGGUUAAAUUAAAUGCGUGGUGGAUGUUGUUUUAAACGUAUGCAUUUAGUGGCGUUAUGCUGUUCAGUUGUGUGUGGUGUUGGAAAUAACUGGGCCAUCAAACGUGGUGUGUGUGUGUGUGUGUGUGAGAGAGAGAGAGAGAGGGAGAGAGAGUGUGCGCGCGCGCCACAAGCAGCUCUGCUAUCCUGCAACAGAACACCACUGAUAUAUAGCCACUCUGGUGUUUGCAAGGACAAAGCUUUAGAUCGGCUUAUUUUAAUCACCCGAAUUAAAUUCUUUAACGUGACUGUUCCUGUUUACGUCAGCUGUCCAAGUCUACUCACCGACCACAUUCAAUUAAACAGCAGGCUGUAAGGAUAACCGCAAUCCACUCCAAAAGAAGAGAUAGAUCAGGUGUUGUAAUCGCAUCAUGAGUAACGCGUUUAAAAACUGCAAAACUGUCCUUGUAACCGGUGCUAACCGAGGCCUCGGUUUACAAAUAGUUGAAAGCUUAGUAACUGGAGGAUUUUGUCCAGGAAAGAUCAUUGCUACUGCGCGCCGUCCGGACGAUGCGAAGGAAUUGCAGUGCCUGUCCAAGAAUCAUCCAAAUAUACACAUCAUCACACUUGAUGUUAUCAGUGAGGAGAGUAUGAAGAAAGCCUCUGUGGAGGUAGAAGAGAUUGUUCAGGAGGAUGGCCUCAACUGCCUUAUCAACAAUGCUGGCAUCAACGUCAUGGCCAACUUUGAAACAGUGACUGCUGAGAAAAUGUUGGAGAACUUUCAUACAAAUUGUGUAGGACCCCUCAUGAUCACCAAGGCUAUGCUUCCAAUGUUAAAGUGGGCUGCUGCAAAAGGGGUGGGAAUGGGCAUCCACCGAGCCGCAGUCAUCAACAUGACUUCACUCUUGGGCUCAGUGGAGCUCAAUUGGGGAGCACGUGCCAAGGACUUCAAAUGGUACCCAUACAGAACAUCAAAGAGCGCACUAAACAUGAUCACUAGAUGUAUGGCAGUGGACCUGGAGGCUGAUGGGAUCCUCUGUAUGGCUAUUCAUCCUGGCUGGGUGCGCACAGAUAUGGGAGGGCAGGAGGCACCGUUGAGUACAGAAGAGAGCAUCAGCUCUGUCUUGGCUGUGAUUGGCAGUUUGACUGAGAAGGAUCAUGGCACGUUUCUGCAUUACACUGGUGAAGCUCUGCCCUGGUGAUUUUGCUGAGGAUGUGCAGUAUACAAUAUUAUAAAUUAUAAAACUGCUAAAAGGUGUGUGUGUUAUUUAUUAGAUGGUGCUGAUGUAUGCUUUGUUAAAAGUUUUAGUUCCACUUGUUUCUAAAUGUUCUCUAAGGAAAUAUGCUAACCUUUCCAAAUUAAAGCCAUGAUACUUUAAUUCUUGUAGUAUCUGAAGUAAUACCCGUUUCUUAAAAAAUAAUACCACAGUAGUGUAAAAUAGUACGUAAUAUAAUAGUGAAAAAAUAUUGAAAGACUGACAUUUUCUGAUGUUUAAUGUGCACUAUAUUGAGUAUGAGUAAAACACAGUAGAGAUAGGUCCUUUCACUGUAUCUGAGAAGUCUCCUUAAGCAAGUCUAACUGGAAAUGCAUGUAAAUGUAUAUAUAAUUUGAAAUACAUUAAAUGUCUUAAUAAAUAAUCUAUAUUUGUGUGUAGUUAUUAUGUAGAUACCUUUUCAUAUUAAAACUAUCAGACAGAGCUAUUCUUUUUCAUGUGAUCUGUGAAGUAAACAUCAUUGUCAUUGGGCCACAUGUUCACAAGCAAACAAACCUAAAACCAACAAGACACCUUACUUUCAUCCAUCUGCCAC